CAUUAAUUGGUGGACAGUUGAGAGUUUUCACUACACCCCAUUCUCCCAUUUAUUAACUUCGUAGCUUCUACUCUCAUUUUCACAUUUACAACUGUGAUCUCUUUCUCAUUCUACACGUACACUUUCCCACUAGUCUUUCAGUUUACAAUCUCUCAUUUUGGAGAACCAUAAUGGAUUUGGGUCUGGUGGUCACAGUAGCCAUUUUGAUAGUGGGUUCAGUGAUUGGUGGAGCCAAUGGAGAUGCCAUGGUCAGUGGCUCAGUCUUUUGUGACCAAUGUAAAGAUGGCCAAGUUUCUCUCUUUGAUUACCCAUUAUCUGGAGUAAAGGUUUCAAUGGUUUGCCCGGGACAAAGCGGGCAACGUGAAGCUAUCAGAGAAGAAACCACAAAUUUUAUGGGGGGCUAUGUAAUGCGGUUCGAUGGUGCACCGGACAUGAGUGCUUGUCGGGCACAAGUUUCUAGCGACGGACAGGGUUGUCAGGCAGUUGCAGGUCCAUCAGAAAGCUUAAAUCUUGUGUUUCAAAUGUUUGAUACCGAAAUUUAUACUGUUAAUCAUUUGAUCUCCCAACCUGCCCAACCAAUGGCCAACUGCCAACAGUCACCUUCCCCUGUACCCAAGCCUGAGCCCAAGCCCAAGCCCAAGCCCGAACCAAAGCCCGUGACUCCCACAUUGCCACCACCGGCUAAACGAGCAGCGCCUGUUCCUCAUCCACCACAACUACCACCAUUGCCCCGGUUGCCUCCCAUGCCAUCCAUGCCGUUCUUGGAAGCCUCGGCUUGCCCAUAUAGCAUGUGGACGAUGCCGGAGCACGACUGUUACUGGAGGGUACUAAGGCCAGACCUAAAAGUGGCGUUUGUGUUUGGACCGCUAGCAGGGAGGAAAUACGGCAACGAUAUUACAUUGCGUGGAAGCAUGAAUGGCAGAGGAGAUGCUUACAAAACGCUUUUAAGGGAAAGCACAACCGCGCUUCUCAAUUCCUACAAUAGUAUCCAGUUUCCGUACCAUCCUCUUGACGUCGUUCAACACCUAAACAUGGCUUUAGUAGGAGGAUCCACAAGACAAGUUCUGAUGACCGCCCUUCGGUUCUUGAGGGCGAAUUCGGGGCAUCCGGGAAAUGUUACUUGCAGGUUCACAACGUGCAAAUAAAUCUUUUUUAGCAUCUAUCUAUCUAUCUAAACUCUAAUAUAUAUGAAUUACGUACGUUAAGGAACGGAUAUAUAUUUUUUGACUUUUGAAAGUCAAAAGAGACAAUUAUUAAUAGUAGUCUUAAACUUUUCAUCCAUGUGAAAGAUCAUGGAAUAUGUAUUUACGAUUGAUGUUGUAUUCAUCACGAUUAUAGUAAUCUAAUAUCCUUUUAUUAUUCUGACUUGAA